AUGGACCUUCAGGUGCGUUCAUUCUCAUUCAGUCUUAAUAAGAUCCCUGGACAUAUUAAUGUACACUCAAUAGUAAAUAUACCAAUCGAUGCACACCAUGGAGCUGACGAGUCGAAUCAGCCUGAGGCAGAGAGUUUGAAUGCGCACAUUUCAGAUGAGCCAGUCACAGAUGUUGACCAGUGGCUGGAUCUUGAGGAAGCUGAACUUGCUCAUGAAGCCGCUCUCAGCCAGCCUCCUCAAAUUGAGCAGCUAAUCGACCUUUUGCAUCACUUGAAGCAGGAACCUUUCAGCCUGUGCAACUACAAAGAUAUUCAGAACAUGUGGAGUGCUAUUUCCCAUCGUCUAACACCAUUUCAAAAGCGAACAAUUGAAGUGCCUUACGAUGGAGUUGAUCAAGAAUUCACUCUCUACUACUGGGACUUAUGGGACUGGGCAUGCGACCUUCUUCGCGAUCCUUAUCUUGGCCCUCAAUUUACCUUCGAUGCUCAACACCUGUCAAAGUUUGACAGUAAUACAUUUGUGAGAUUUAUUGACGAGCCUUGGACUGUGGAUACUUUUUGGGAGGCUCAGCCUCUUGCAUUCAUCCUCUAUGCAGAUAAGACAAAGUUGUCUUCCUUUGGUCGUGAAAAAGGCUACCCUGUGAUUGCCCAUAUUGCAAACCUCCCCGCAUCCAUCCGAAAUGUUGUCACCUGGCUCCCCAUUGUCAAAGAUGAUCCCUUGAGGUCGGGAAAACAGAAAUUUGCGGAUUUCAAAGCUGCGGUUUGGCACAAGUCCUUCAAGCAAAUACUCAAGUGUCUUAGAUUGAAGAGGAAACAUGGUGGAUGGGUGGAGUGUUGGGAUGAACUUCAACACCUUAUGUUCCCUAUCAUUCCAAUCUUGUCUGCGGACUACGAGGAACAAUGCAUUAUGUCCCUGAUCUGUGGAGUCAUGGGCAAAUUUCCAUGUCCAAUUUGUUUGGUUCCGUGCGCUGAGUUACAUAACCUGUUGGAGACCUGGCCACUUCGCACAUGUCACGAUUCUGUUUGCUUACUCAGGAAGGCAAGAAGGAAGUACACCAAGGCAAAGCGAGAGAAGAAGCUGAAGUCUCAGUCAUUGAGAGAUGUUGAACUUCUGGACGUCUUUCGUGCCCUUUGUUUUGACCGCCUACAUACUCACCAUGAAGGACUGUGGGGAAAACACUUACACGCUGCGACUAAAAUUGAUGAAGGGUUUGCGGCAGUGCCAAGGUGGAGGAAUCUCAACCACUUCAAGGAGGUCAUGGGAAAAUAUAUUUCCGAGUCUGAAUGUGAAUCAAAGAGUUGGGAUUUUCCAAAAUAUCACUUGGGCGUUCACCUUUUUGACGAUAUCAAGGCCAAAGGUGUUACUUGGAAUUUCAAUACCAAACCAAAUGAGAAAGUGCAUAGACCUUUGAAAAAAUCUUACCAGCUCCGAACAAAUUUCAAACAAGUAGCAGACCAGAUCUUACGUGCGGACCAUUGGAGCCUUGUAUCUGCAUGGAUUCACUAUCACAUCAACAACCUUAAUGCCUAUAAUGCAAGGAAAGAAGCGAGUGAUCUUGAUGAUUCAGAUUCCGAUGACGAAGUUCUGAACGCACCUGGACUGGAGUCCAGCUUUCAUAUCAAGCUUGGAUCAUGUCAGCGUGCAUUGUCGAUACAUGCCAUUCAGCAAGCACACCUUGAAGACCUGGCAUUUCAUCAGUUUCAUACCAAACUUAACCCCUUUCUUAACAUGAUACCUGUAACAGAAUUCUGGUACUUGAAAGCAAACUUUGAGUUGAUGGUUGAUUUUCGGACAUCGACAGACUGCCUCCGCUGUUCCCCGAUGUUUCACAAUGCCCCAAGAUAUGACUCUGUCAUCAUCAGGACUCAAGAUGGGAUGAUCUUUGGUCGCUUGAUAUUCAUAUUCACAUGCUUAGUUAAAGGCACAAGCCACCCCAUGGCUCUUAUUCAACCUUGUGAUGCCCCCAUUCAAAAUCAACCUUUGAAGGACAGGCUCCUGGGUUUAUGGCGAGUUAGAGCUCAACCUCAGCAUAAGAAUGAGUUUAUUUUCACUGAAUCAAUUAUCAGGGGGGCACUGUUAUGA